AUGGAAGACACAAAAGCGGCCGAGGUCCAGGUGGAGACCUUCGACGCGGGCUCUCAUGUGAUGGCGUACGAUAAGGAGGGCAGAUCCGCCCGUUUCGCCAAAAAGAAGUCUCUCAGUGACAUCUUCACCAUUAUCUGUGCCGGUGCGGCCCUGUUGUCGGACGGGUACCAGAACAACUGCAUGAACAUGCUGAACUCUGUGUUUGCCCUCAAGUAUCCCGAAACGUACGACAGCACGAUGAAAACCCGGGUCUCCAACGCACUGCUCGUUGGAGCUGUGCUUGGACAGGUCGUGGUGGGCGUUACCGGAGACUAUCUGGGGAGAAAAUGGGCCAUUCUGACCACCACCUUGAUGAUUGUGGUCGGAACCAUCCUUGCUACCGCCGCCCACGGAGUCACUACCGAGGGCAUGUUCUGGAUGAUGAUCGUUGCCAGAGGUAUCACUGGGUUUGGUGUUGGUGGAGAGUACCCUGCCAGCUCCACUGCUGCCUCCGAAUCUGCCAACGAGGCUACCAAAAAACGAGGAGGAGUCUUUGUUCUCGUGACUAACUUGCCGCUCUCGCUCGGUGGCCCGUUUGCGCUGAUCGUGUUCCUGAUUGUCUACCCUGCUACCGGCAGCGGCGCCCAUCUGUCCACCACGUGGAGAGUCAUGCUUGGAAUUGGUUGCAUCUGGCCGCUCGCCGUGUUCUACUUCAGAUUCAAAAUGGCCACCUCCGUGCUCUACAAGAAGGGAGCCAUCAAGAAGAACGUGCCCUACUGGCUCACGUUCAAGUACUACUGGCGCAGACUGCUUGGAACCUGCGGCUGCUGGUUUAUCUACGACUUUGUCACCUUCCCGAACGGCAUCUUCUCGUCCACCAUCAUCUCGUCGGUGCUGGACGACACGUCUGAUUUGGAGAAGGUUGCAGAAUGGAACUUGCUGCUUGCCAUCAUCAGCAUCCCUAUGCUGUUUGUCGGUGCCUACCUCACGGACAAAAUUGGAAGAAAAUACACCAUGUGCAUUGGUUUUGCUGGCUACCUUGUCAUUGGUCUGAUUAUCGGCUGCUCGUACAAAAAAAUCACCAAGAUCGUGCCGCUCUUUAUUAUAUUCUAUGGUAUUUUCAACGGUUUCGGCAACCUGGGACCAGGAAACAUUAUGGGACUCACCUCUGCCGAGUCUUACGCCACGCCUGUCCGUUCCACGUUGUACGGUCUGUCUGCCGCCCUGGGUAAAACCGGUGCUGCCGUCGGAACCCAAGCCUUCACUCCAAUCCAAAAUAACCUCGGAAAGCAAUGGACGUUCAUCAUUGCUGCGCUCCUGGGCCUUACUGGUGUCGUUCUAGCGUUCCUGUGUAUUCCGCAUGGUCUCGAGGACGACCUUAUGCUGGAAGAUAUCAGAUACUUUAGCUAUUUGAGACGCCAGGGCUGGACGGGCGACUUUGGCUCCGAGGGCGAGAUCGACAGCUACGAGAAAAAGACGUCUGGCCUGGUUGACAAUGCGGUUAUCGAGAAAACCGAAACUGUGUCCGAAUCUAGUUAA